AUGGAACCGUUCAUUCUGAAAGCCACUCUCGUAGGUUACAGGUUAACUGCUUCUUUAUAGCGACUAACCCUAUCACGAAACCGUAAGGAAAAAUCUGUGAUAAGAUCUCGCGAGCUCUUCGACUGUUCCAGGUGCACCGGGGCUACGACCGAAUGUUUCCAAAUACGUCUGAAUUAUCUCAAAUGGUUUUCUCUCUGUUUUUGAAGCCUGUUUGGUUAAUUUGGAGCUGCCCUAAAAACUAUUUAUCCCUUCGUAUGUUAUAAGAGAACAUUGUUUGUCUCGACGAAAGUUUGAGGUGGCUUUUCGUUUUAUCCUAAACUGUUAGCUACCCUGCGGCUGAUCGGUCCGGUCGAAAGAACAAGGAAAUGGAGUAGCCGUAUUUUCUUUAGAAAAUUCCAGGGGACAUUAACCUUUGUCGGCUUUUAAACUAUGUUCUUAGGAGACCGUUGUUAACAAUAAUCUCAAUAUCUUGCUGAUAAAAUGUGAAAAAAAUAUGCGGUAAGUUAGUAGAAAAAAUCCGUAUUACUUAGACGACCAUAUAAUGGAGCGGUUAUCCAGGUAUUUGCUCUUUCGAACAGAUAUUUUUCAGAUAGAAGUCCUCGACUGUCCCCAUUACUGUGUUUGAGAAAUGAGCUCACAUCUUUAAUAAUUAACUGGACUGACCGAGUUCUAGUCUGUGCAUAUCAUGAUGAGUAGAUGUUUUGAUAUACGCAUUAUUUGCAAUAAACAACAUUUAUCUUCACUUUUAGCAUCUUACGAAGAUGAAAAGCCCCUAUGCAAUUUUCAGCAAGACCAUAUUGUCUGGGAUCGGCAUUAUACGCUCAAGGUAAGCUUAAAACACAAAUUAAGUGAUUUGCAUAACAAAUUUCCCGUUUUGGGUAAAACUGGUUCGGAAUAGAUUAUGAGUAGUCCCCUUUUUCCCUCAGGGAUAGUAGAGCGCGCGUGAAAAUCACCCCACGCGUCUCGCCUUCCUCGCGUGAGGUGAUUUUCACGCGCGCUCGCGUUUUGCUCGCUCUACUAUCCCUGAGGAAAAAUGGGGACUAAUUCGGGUUCUAACACCCUUCAGUUUGAAAACGAAUUUACUGCAGGAAAUUCUAAUUAGAAGAAGUAUAAAAUAACUCCUUAAUUCUUUUCAUCAUUUUUGUCAAAUUCCUAAGAUAAUCAUUAAUUUCACCUGUAUCCAGAAAUGUACAUGACCCGGUCCCUCCAGGCACUUCACUUGACUUCUCUUUGAUUCCUUGUAAUUUUCAUAUAUUUGACUUCAUGUUUCAAAGAAUUACUUGCAUUUGGAUGACGAUUAUCGCUAGGAUAGGGGAGACUUUGUGAUGUCUAUUGUAACCAUUAUGAAUCUCAUAACAGUGUAUUUCUGGGCAUAAUUUGUUAAUAUUUAGGGGCUGUCAAAUCGCGUUACCAUUGUCUCGCCCAUCCAAGACAGUCUUGGAUUCUGGAUUCCAUUUUGUGGAUUCAGAAUUCAAGGAUCUGUAUUCCGGAUACUUUGUCGGUGGAACUUACACCAGUCGUUGGUGGGAUUCCGGAUUCCUUUGAGCUGAGAUCCGGAUUCCAAAGCACAAGAUUCUUGUUUCUAUAAACUCUCGAAUCCAGAUUAAAUUACAUGGGGCGAAUUAUACACUAUACGUUUCUGGGAAACUGCCCACCUUCCCCUUCCCUAAGCCAACACUUAACACUUACUUCUCACUUAAGGCAAAAUGUUGGCUUAGGGGAGGGGUAGGUGGGAUCGAAUAUUCCCAGAAACGUAUAUAAUGAUCCCAUUAUCACACCAAUUUUCAUACUGUAUUAUCGAAGAAGUAUGUCAUAUUCUUUGUGCACAGGAUUUGUCCCGUAUCGAGGUGAAGAUUCAAAGCGUCGAAAGUCCAACUUCGCUGAGCGGCAACUUUUUCGUUCCCAUUACAGAAGACAAAGAGCGAUGUCGCUCUCCAGAACUCUUAUACCCACCUAUUGCGAAUAUAGCAGAGGUAUUUAACGUAUUUGUUACUACGCUGUGAAGUACUUUGAACCGCGGCAGGAUUAGCUCAGUACAAGAGAGAAAAUGAGACAUAGAGGGAAUCUUAUGUGAAUUUUCUAAACUCAUUUUUAGAGGUUGUAAUUAAACGGAAGUCUAUUUCCUUGAAUGUGCGCAGAUUUAAAUCGAUGGUUUGAAAUAUCAUCAAGUCCUUUGAUUAGCUCAAAGCGGAAAAAAACAGAAUAUUAUAAUGGCGACUAUUGAAUUCUCUCUUAAACUGGCAAUGAAUGAAAAUUUGCGAAACUCCCAGAAAAUCAACUUCUGGUUAAUUUAAGCGUUCAUUUGUCUAAAAAUAACUUUGGUGAAAUUUGCAUACCCAAGGGCUAGACUACGAGUAGUCUUCAUUUUUCCUCAGGGAUAGUACAGCUAGCGAAACGCGAGCGCGCGUGAAAAUCAACUCAAGCGGGAAAGGCGAGACGCGGCGGUUAGAGAGAAAAAUAAGGGACUACAGACAAAGCCCAAGCUUUUGACCUUAUGCGUUGCUCUCACAUUUUUCUCUCUCACCGCCGCAUCUCGCCUUUCUCGCGUUGGUUUAUUUUCACGCGCGCUCGCGUUCGCUCGCGUUCGCUCGCUGUACUAUCCCUGAGGAAAAAUGGAGACUACUCGUAGUCUACCCAGGGGCUGGACUGAGCGUCUCCCACUCUGACCUAUUGUCCUAUUAUUCUCUUUUGGUAGAGCGCCAACCUCGUUCUUAGGGGCCUCCCCUACUCAUCCCUCGGAGCGAGAAGACCCUGGAACGAGGUUGGGAACAGCCCUUGACUGCAGAGCGGGACGUCAUGGGUUCGAUUCCCAGGGCCGGACCAAUACAAGGGUCUUAAAAUAACCGGGAAAUGAAGGUACUUCCUUUGCCCUGCAAAUGGCUAGACCUUCGCGUGGCUCAGAUGACUACGAAAAAUGGUGAAAGUAGUAUCCACAAUGAAUACUUUCUUGCAUGAUACAUUGAUACUUUAAUCAAGUACCUUUUUUUUUUGCCGGAUUACCUUCACAGUCUUCCGCCCGUAAACGGUCCGUAAAAGCGUGCAUGCAAAACCGAACUGAACUAAAUUACGACUCGAAACUGUUUGAGAGGUUCCGGUGCAGUAUCACAUCAACGGUUGGACUAAUGUACCUAAGGGAAUAAUUACAGUAUCAACGAACAAUUUAAGUAGCAACAAAAAAUUACAUUUUUUGUUUUGCUUUCUUACCACAGACAAAGGAAAGAUUGCCUUCACCGUGCGACUCCGGUAGAUCUUCGCCAAUCUUCGUUUCGGGAUACGAAGCUGAGCGACAACGAAACGACAUUAAGCAGUUUGGACGAGAAGCAGCUUGUAAGCUAGCUGAAAGACGAGCGGAGUAUGCAAAAAGAAGAAUGGAACAAGUACACGAGGAGACUGUCAUAAUCGAGGUAAUAGUUGCGCUGCAAUUAAAUCUCAACUAAUAAUGAACUCUAUAGGGCCAAAAUUCAAUUUUAUCUUGUUUCCAUGAAGGGUUACAAUCGAAACUGUCAAAAAUAGUAUGCCCAUGCCCCAAGGUAAAAUAAAAAGCUACAAACUCCAUCGACUUCACCUUUUACACAACAACGAGUUUCUACUUUGUACAUCACUUUUAUUGGCAGCAUCUCUUAUUUUUGUUCAUAAAAUUACCGUGAAAUUUCAAGAGGCAGGAGAAGCUAACUAAAGGUACUAGCCGGGCUCAAUUCCCAGCUCGCGCUGUUCCUGAAAGCUUCAAGGUGCUGGCGGGGUAUUCUGUAGUUACCACAAGACAGGUUUUCUGGUUUAGAGAACAGGCGUUAAACGAUAUUAUUUUUCUGUCCAAUACUUUAGCGCAACAUAGAGGAAGCCAUCAUCAACAAACUAGAACUACUUACAAUGGUCGACGAGUUAGAAAAGCAAAGGGAAUUCUUCAAAGGCCGAAAAGCUAAAUUAUGGCGGCGAUGUGCAAACAUGGCGGAAAUCUUGGCCAAAGAAGAAACAGAAGCAGCAUUAUGGCAGCAAAGAUAUAAGAAAGCUAUGAUGGUUGCGCCAGGGAACAUGGCAUUUUUCUGA